CCGCUUUUAUUGUUUCGAACUACUGCAAAGAGGGUGAUCUAGGUACUUUUUUUCCAUUGGAGAGAUGGCCAGGACGAAGCAGACCGCUCGCAAAUCCACUGGCGGCAAAGCACCGCGGAAACAGCUCGCUACAAAAGCAGCUCGCAAAAGCGCACCGGCUACCGGAGGAGUGAAGAAGCCUCACCGCUACCGCCCUGGCACCGUCGCUCUCCGAGAGAUUCGGCGCUACCAGAAGUCUACAGAACUGCUGAUCCGCAAACUGCCUUUCCAGCGCUUGGUGCGCGAGAUCGCCCAGGACUUCAAGACUGACCUGCGUUUCCAGAGUUCUGCUGUUAUGGCCCUGCAAGAGGCUAGUGAGGCUUACCUGGUGGGGCUCUUUGAAGAUACUAAUCUCUGUGCCAUCCAUGCUAAGCGCGUCACCAUCAUGCCGAAAGACAUACAGCUGGCUCGCCGCAUCCGAGGAGAGAGAGCAUAAGACUUCCUAUCCAUCUCUGCAAAAUUACGACCCAAAGGCUCUUUUAAGAGCCACCAA